UUCCACCUCUCGUCUGGCCAUCCGCGCUGCGCCCAGCCGCUAGCAUGCUCGACCACUUCACCAUCUUCACCCGCACCGGCACGGUGCUCUGGUCGCGCUCCUUCACGCCGCCGUCUUCGGCGCAGGCUGCCAGUGCGUCGGCCGCAGUCGAUGCGCUCGUGCGCCACGCCUUUGUCGAGGAGCGCGUGGCCGACGAGCGCUGGGAGAAGGACGGCUAUGCGCUGCGCUGGACGCGCGCAAACGACCUCGAUCUCGUCUUUGUCGUCGUGUACCAACGCAUCCUGCAGCUCGCCUACAUUCCCGAUCUGCUCGCUCGCGUCAAGGCCCUCUUCCUCGAUCUCUUCACUCCCUUCCUCCGCGCUCUUCUCGCCCACUCUCGCAACUCCACCUCUGCACUCUCCUCCUCCCUGCGGCGCUCCUUCGCCGAGGGCCUCAAGGCCUGGGAGGAGACGUUCACGCGCACGCUGCGCGAGCUGGAGCGUGGCUCUGCAGCUGCUGCGCGCCGCAAUGCGCCGCUGCUGGAGCGCGCCGACUCGACGCAGACGGCCGAGGGCGGCGAAGACACGGACGGAGCUGCGACUGGCACCGACACGCCCGAGAAGAACGCGCGUGGCGAUGGAGCAGAGAUAGCGAAGAACGUUGAAGCCCUCAAGGCGCGGCUCAAGGCUGCGGAAUUGGGAGGCGGAAGGGGCGGCAAGGGCCCUGCGGGUCGUCGGCAGGUCAGUCGGAAAGUCAGCGCUCGUGCCGGCGGGACCGAGACGCCAGGCACGCCGGGCAGCGGCACGGAGAGUGUCAGCAAUACGCCGAGCAAGAAGUCGAAGGCGCCGGCGAAGGAGAUGCGCAGAUGGGAGGGCGGCAAGGUGUCGGAGAAGCACGUCGAGGCGUUGGACUUUAGCAGCAAGACGCAGGAUGGAGGCGCGAAGGACGAGGAGAAGGGCACGCUGGAGGGAUGGAUCGACGAGAAGAGCAUGGGAAAGAAGGGCGAGGAUGGAGCUUAUGAAGUAGCAGAUGUCCUGCCCGACGGCGACUCGGACGACGAGGAAGACGAGGCGGAGGAAGGCAAAGGCGGAUUCCUCUCCCGCUUCGCGCCUGCACUAGGCAGCAGCAACAACGCCUCAGGUGGCUUCUUCUCUCGCAUGACUGGCUCGCAUGCUCUCACCGAGGCGGACGUAGCGCCGGCACUUUCGGCGAUGCAAGCGCACCUGCAGAGCAAGAAUGUCGCCGCCGACGUGGCGCAGCGACUGUGCGCCUCUGUCUCGCGCUCGCUCGUCGGCCGUCAACUCGGCAGCUUCGGCAGUGUCAAGACCGAGGUUCGCAAGGCGCUCGAAGAGGCCAUCACGCGCAUCUUGACGCCGAAGAGCAGUACAGACAUUCUCGUCGAGAUUGCGCAGAAGCGGCAACGCGGACUGGCGGCGCGCGCAGGCGCCGUCGGCAGCAAAGGCAGCGAGGAGGCACUCGAGCCAUACUCGAUGGCCUUCGUCGGCGUCAACGGCGUCGGCAAGUCGACGUCGCUUGCCAAAGUCUGCUUCUGGCUGCUUCAGAACCGUCUCCGCGUGCUCAUUGCCGCAUGCGACACGUUCAGAUCCGGCGCCGUCGAACAGCUGCGCGUGCACGUGCGCAACCUCGGUCAGCUGGAUGUGGGAGGCGAGCGUGUCGCCGAUGGCACGGCGGACGGCAAGGCCAAGCUGGAGCUGUUCGAGCGCGGAUACGGCAAAGAUGCGGCGGGCAUCGCCAAGGAGGCGCUGGCGUACGCCAAGAAGGAACACUUUGAUGUCGUCGUCAUCGACUCUGCGGGCCGACAGCAGGGCAACGAGCCUCUGAUGCGCGCACUUGCAAAGCUCGUCUCGAUCAACAAGCCCGACAAGGUCAUCUUCGUCGGCGAGGCCAUCGUCGGCAACGAGGCGCAGGCGCAGGUCGUGGGCUUCAACGAGGCGCUGAAGAACUUCAGCGGAGUGGCCGACCCGCGCGGCUUGGAUGCGCUGCUGUUGACGAAGUGGGACGCGGUGGCGGACCAGGUGGGCACGGCGUUGACGAUUACGUCCGCCACGGGACUGCCGAUUGCGCUCGUCGGCGAUGGACAGACGUACACCGACCUGCGGCGCCUGCGCGUGCCGCACAUCGUCGACGCACUGAUGCGAAGCUAGGGUCCUCGCGCCGACUCUCCUCGUGUGAUACUCUCGCCAUUCCUCGCACGCACUUCACGCAAUGCACACAUGUCCUCGAG